AUGGUCUUUAAGGCCCCUGGUAACAGUCCCAAUGUCACAUUGAAUAUCACUCUCGGUGGAGUUGACAUAAAACGCGUGACUAAAUUUAAAUACCUGGGACACAUUGUUACUGAGGACCUUAAAGAUGAUGAGGACAUUGACAGGGAACGCAGGGCGCUAGCGGUGAGGGGGAAUAUGCUGAUCCGCAGAUUCUCUCGUUGUACGGAAGAUGUCAAGAUCACGCUGUUCAAAGCAUACUGUCAGAAUAUGUACACGGGAAGUCUGUGGGUCGGCUAUACCCAAAAAGCGAUGGGCGCACUGCGUGUUCUAUACAAUAACGUUUUCAGGAUGAUGUUGGGAUUGCCUCGUUUCUGUAGCGCCUCAGGUAUGUUCGCGGAAUACCAAGUCGAUGGCUUUGCCGCUAUUAUGCGCAAGAAGACCUCGUCGCUAAUUUCUAGAAUACGGGACAGUCCCAAUAGCAUUUUGAAAACGUUGGCAGAUAGGUUUUCCUCUCCGUUGUGGGCUGCUUUUGUGAGGAGGGUGGUCUGCGAAAGAAUUGAUCCGAUCUGA